AUGACAGUAGACCAAGUUGUAGUUGAACCAGCGAGUACAGAAGAAUCGAUUCUUGAAGAAGAUUUGCACUCAGAAGAGACUUUAGAAAAGCAGAUUCUCACAUUCCCCAUCUACCAAAGCUACAUCGACUUGUAUCAAAAGUUCACGUCAACAAACACAAAGACUCUUGACAUUGUUGAACGAAUCUAUCCCAACCUCACUGGAGCUACAUUGUCGGGACCGCAUAAAAUUGCAUACCGGUCGCAAACUUUAUAUUUCAUUGACGAUUACCAUUUUCAAUACAAUGAAAUUACUGAUCCAGAUGAUCGUGACAACUACUCUAUUUCAUUUUUGCAACUAGGUGAUGCCUUAUCUGGACACAAGGGGAUCGUACAUGGAGGCUUAUUGGCUACCUUGCUUGACGAGUUGACUUGUCGUGUGGGAUUUCUAAACUUUGAAAGCAAGCGAGGUGUUACCGCUAACUUGAAUGUGAACUACAAGAAGCCAACAAAAGUUGACUCAUGGGUCUGCAUCAAAUGCACUGUGCUUAAGAAAACUGGGAGAAAGUGUUGGGUUAAAGGCGAUGUCUAUUUGAUUGACGAGACAAAGAAAGCAUUAGAAGAUUGUGAGUUGUUGACUUCGUGCGAGGUAUUAAUUGUUGAGCCGAAAUGGGUCGACCAGUUGAAGCAUUGA